CUGCGCCUGCACAACUCUCCAUCCUCCAUCUCACUCUAUCAUCAUGGGCGCCUCUCCCGGCCCAAGCAAAAAGCAGCGCAAGCGCGGCGCCGAGGCGUCCUCCUCCAAAAAGCCUGCCAAGCAGCCGCGCAUCGACGCCGACGACGACGCCAGCGAUGUCGACAUGCCGACCGGCCCGCCCAGCCGCGACCCGAUGAAGGCGCUCGAAGAGGCCGAGAGCGCAGGGCAAGGCGUGCACGACGGGCCGGUGGCUGAGGCCGACGGCAUGGUCCCCGGCGUCGCCCCCGUCCGCGCAGACGAGUUCAGCACACAGGCCGAGCGCGAGGUUGCCGGCGGCUCAGGCCUCGCCGGAGAGGAGGCGGGCAUGAAGCUCGUCCACUCGGUGCGCCACCAGGUCGCCCUCCCGCCCAACUACCCCUACGUCCCCAUCGCGGAGCACAAGCCCCUCGACCCCCCCGCGCGCACAUAUCCUUUCGAGCUGGACCCGUUCCAGCGCGUGGCGACGAGCUGCAUCGAGCGCAGCGAGAGCGUCUUGGUGUCGGCGCACACGUCGGCCGGUAAGACGGUCGUCGCCGAGUUUGCCAUCGCCACAUGCUUGAGAGAAGGGAAACGUACCGUGUAUACGUCGCCAAUCAAGGCGCUGUCGAACCAGAAGUUCCGAGAGUUCCAGGAGGAGUUCGGCGAGGAGAAUAUUGGGUUGAUGACCGGUGACGUGACGAUCAACCCGUCCGCAUCGUGUCUCGUGAUGACGACUGAGAUUCUGCGUUCCAUGCUCUACCGUGGCUCUGAGGUCGUCCGCGAGCUCGCGUGGGUCGUGUUCGACGAGGUGCACUACAUGCGCGACAAGGACCGUGGUGUCGUGUGGGAGGAGACACUAAUUCUCCUGUCACAUGCCGUCCGCUGCGUCUUUCUGUCCGCUACCAUUCCCAACUCGAUGGAGUUCGCCGAGUGGUGGUGCCAGACACACGAGCAGCCGUGCCACAUCGUCUACACCGACUUCCGGCCCACGCCGCUCCAGCACUACCUCUUCCCCACAGGCAGCGAGGGCAUCUAUCUCGUCGUCGACGAGAAGUCCAAUUUCCGCGAGGACAAUUUCCAAAAGGCAAUGGCGGCGCUCGCGGCCAACAAGGGCGAGGACAGCGCCGACCCGAGCGCCGGCGCCGGGCGGAAAGGAAACAAGACGCGCAAGGGCGCGAUGAAGGGCGGGCCGAGCGACAUCUACAAGAUCGUCAAGCUCAUCAUGAGCAAAAACCUCAACCCCGUCAUCGUAUUCGCUUUCAGUAAGCGUGAAUGCGAAGCGCACGCCAUGCAGAUGAGCAAGAUCGACAUGAACACCGAGGACGAGGCCAAGACCGUCGAGCAGGUGUUCGAAAACGCCAUCGCCGUGCUGUCGGACGACGACCGCAAGCUGCCCCAGAUCGAGCACCUCCUCCCCCUGCUCAAGCGCGGUAUCGGGAUCCACCACGGCGGCCUGCUGCCCAUCAUGAAGGAGGUCAUCGAAAUUCUUUUCCAGGAGGGACUGCUCAAGUGUCUGUUUGCGACCGAGACCUUCUCCAUCGGCCUCAACAUGCCCGCCAAGACCGUCGUCUUUACCGACGUGCAGAAGUUCGACGGCAAGAACUUCCGCAACCUCUCGGGCGGCGAGUACAUCCAGAUGUCGGGGCGUGCGGGCCGUCGUGGUCUCGACUCGCGCGGUAUCGUCAUCAUGAUGGUCAACGAGAAGCUCGAGCCCGAGGCCGCCAAGGGCAUGGUCAAGGGCCAGGCGGACCGGCUCGACUCGGCCUUCUCGCUCGGCUACAACAUGGUGCUCAACCUGAUGCGCGUGGAAGGCAUCAGCCCCGAGUACAUGCUGGAGCGGUCGUUCCACCAGUUCCAGAACUCGCUGAGCAUCCCGGCGCUCGAGGCGCAGCUCAAGGCGGCGGAGAAGGAGCGCGACGCCAUCGCCGUCGAGCGCGAAGACGAGGUGGAGGAGUACUACGAGCUGCGGGAGAGCUUGAAGACGCUCGAGGGCGACUUCCGGGCGGUCAUCAACCACCCCGACUACGCGCUGCCGUUCAUGCAGCCGGGGCGGAUGGUGGAGAUCAAAGACGGCGACCGGGACUUUGGGUGGUGCGUCGUCGUGGCGUACCACAAGCUCGAGAACAGCAAGCGGGGGCGGCAAGUCGUCGACCCCAACGCGCCCCCGCAAAAGCACUACGUGCUCGACGUGUUGUGUCGCGUCGCGCCCGGCACGGACGUCGGCAAGCCGCAGUCGGACGCCGCGAAGGCGGCGCGGCCCGACGCGCGCGGCGACGUCGCAAUCAUCGCAGUCACGCUCGACACGGUGCAGAGCAUCGCGCACAUCCGGCUCAAGAUGCCGACCGACCUGCGGCAGCGGCAGCAGAAGGAGCAGGCGUUCAAGCUCGUCGACGAGGUGCAGCGGCGCUUCAAGGGCGCCAUCACGCUGCUGGACCCGAUCGCGAACCAGGGCAUCAAAGACGACGCGUUCCGCAAGCUCGUGCGCAAAAUCAAGGUGCUCGAGGACCGCGUGGAGACGCUCCCGAUUGCCGCGGACCCCGCGCUCCCCCGCCUCUUCGACACGUACGACCGCAAAGCGACGCUCGCGGCAAAGGUCCGCGAGCUCAAGAAGCGCAUCGGGAGCGUGCAGGACGUGCUGCAGCUCGAGGAGCUCAAGGCGCGCAAGCGUGUGCUCCGCCGCCUCGGCUUCGUCGAGGGCGAGGUCGCGACGGUCAAGGGCCGUGUCGCGUGCGAGCUCAGUACGGGUGAUGAGCUGCUGCUCACCGAACUCAUGUUCGGGGGCACGUUCAACGACCUCGCGCCGGAGGCGCUUACGGCGUUGCUGAGUUGCUUCGUGUUUGACGAGAAGUCCGAGGCGAGGACACAGCUCAACGCCGAGAUCGCCGCGCCUCUGCGCGUACUGCAGGAGACGGCGCGGCGGAUCGCGCAGGUGAGCAUCGAGAGCAAGCUCCCGCUCGUGGAGGACGAGUACGUGCAGUCGUUCAAGGUCGAGAUGGCGCCGCUGGUGUACGCGUGGUGCCGCGGGUCGCCGUUUUCCGACAUUGUCAAGAUGACGGACAUUUUCGAGGGGUCCAUCAUCCGCUCGUUGCGCCGUCUGCUCGAGCUGCUGCGCCAGCUCGUCAGUGCCGCCAACGUCAUUGGGAAUGCGGACCUCGAGGCCAAGUUUACAAAGUGCAUCGAGAUCACGGAGCGCACCAACUCGGUCGUCUUCAACCCCUCGCUUUAUCUGUAGGCUUAGAUUGUAUGCAUCGUGGACGCGGGAGAGGAUGGACGGGAGACACCGAGACAUUGAAAUGGAGAAGCUGUGACGGAUCCUGGAUAGUAGUCGUACCCAGCAUGCAGAAGCGUCAUUAAUAGUGUG